UUGUCAAGUUUCUCCAGUUUCUCCUAGAUUCUUGACUCCGGAGUGACGGCCUGCUUGCCUGUCUCGCACACCAGUUGAGAGUUGUGACGAACAACGCCAACAUGCGCCGUGGCUUUCAUGCUUUCAACCAAGUUCUCAAGCUCCGAGCAUCGUCAAGUAGACAACAUUGGGCCCCCCUCCCCCCGUAUAACCUCUAAGCUUAGUCAAGAAAUCUAUGCCACUCUCUUUCACCGUAUCAUAAAGUCUAGAGCCGUUCUCCCAUUUCCCCCGUCACCAUGGCGCGCUCAACUUCGCCUGCCCGCAAGGUGUCAGGACGCAGACGGCGGUCCCCCAGUCCCAACAGGCGCAAGAUCCCUCCGCCCACUCUCCAAGCUCAAAAUCAGCUGGGCAACUUCACCAAGCUCUUUGCUCUCCUUUAUGCCGACAAGGGCACUUGUCUCCCCCCCCCAGUUGAAGCGUUGUCAUCUUCGGCCCACACUCUCUCAGUCCCAGGCCCGCACUCAGUCACCCAACCUCUCGCGUCUGACGGUCUUGCGUUGGGGGGUUUCGAGAGGACCACCGACGUUGCGGGUUUCAACGAUCCAUUAGCUCUCACAUAUUAUGACGACACUGAGGCAUCCACGGAGAUCAACAGCACCCGCAGCACCCGCAGCACCCGCAGCACUAUAACCAGCAGCAGCAUUAUCAGCAACAUUACCAGCAGUACUAUUCCACCCAACAGCAUUGCCGAUGUCGACAUGGUUCGUUACAACCACAAAGGUUGCCCGUCCACCUGGAUGGACGGCAAAAGUGCCAACUGGAUUCGCACACCUGGUGGUAGCUCGCCUCCUCCUCCUCUUCCUCCUCCUCCUCCUCCUCCUGCAGCCAAGCCUGGAAUCCCUCCACAGCAUGCACACGACAGUCGCUCCCGUCGAUUUGCCAUUACUUCGACAAAUUGGCGCUCUGCGACUUCGUCUUCGCCUCCCGCAACGUACGGCAGCGGCAGCAGCAGCGGCAGCGACGAUUCUGGUCCGGUCUCCCCUGACAAGGAAGCCCGCAAAUCCCUCGACGUCGGCCGGCAACUCCUCGCUGAGCUGCUGAGGCCUGCCAACUCCCCGUCGCCAUCGCCCCCCCCCUUCUCCGACGGUCUGCCCGCGCCGCCCCCGUGCAAGAUGGACAUGGCCGAGGACCGAGAGGCAGAGAUACGAGGAGUGAAAGCCCGCAUCCCCUUUGGCGGGGCGCUUCCUUGCUCGGGGGAGUUCGCCCAGCAGGUCCUCGGGGACUUCCUCCACCACGACAUGCAGCUCCGGGAACGGUUCGUCGAUGGCCUUCCCGACAUCCACGUCUUCAUCGAUUGGUCCAAUAUCUCCAUCAGCUUGUGGGAUACUCUCCGCGUAAAGAGGGGCAUCAACAACAACCACCAACGCUUCAUGCCCAUCAGCUUCGACCGCCUGGUCCACGUCCUCGAGCGGGGCCGAUCGACCGCCGUCCGGGAACUGGCCGGAAGCCGCAAGGUAGAACACGCCGGGCACUAUUUCAGCGACAUGAAGGAAAGAGGCUACAACACCAGCAUCCUCCGCCGCGUCCGCGUUCCGUCGCCGCCCUGUUCUCCGCCCGGGAGCAGCGGCUCCCCGACCCUGCCCCCCUCCCCCCGCCAAGCGGCCCUCGACGAGAAGAAGAAGAUGGCCGAGCAAUGCGUCGACGAAAUCCUGCAGCUCAAGAUGUCCGACAGCCUGAUCCAGGGCGUGAAGACACGCAGCCAGGGCAUCAUCGUCCUGGCCACCGGGGACGCGAACAAGGCCGAGUUCUCCAAGGGCGGCUUCCUCAGCAAGGUCCAGGACGCCCUCGAACUCGGCUGGAUCGUCGAGCUCUACGCCUUCAAACAGCACACGUCGGGCGCCUGGAACAAGGCGGACUUCCAGGCCGCCUGGGAGGGCAAAUUCUCCAUCCAUUACCUGGACGCAUACGCGGAUCGCCUCAUCGAUCAGGCCUAGGGGGCCCGACGUACAGCGGUUGGGCGGUCCCGGGUUCGGUUGAGGAACCGGGAACUUCGGCGACUUCACAAACAGUAUCACCAAGCCAUGCAUUCUUGCAUUAAUGGAGACGAAGUCAUCACGGACACUGCCACUGCCACUGCCACUGCCACCACCGUAUACUAUGAACAGCUGCAACGGUGGGACCAGGAGGAAUGGUUCCGUUUCAACUUGAUGGCUGGCCGUUUCGACCAUUACGUCCCCCAAGGGGUGGCAGACAAAGAGGCCUACCUCCGCCAACGCUUUCAGCGAAGCUGAGAUUGUUUUCCCGCUGAAG